CUUUGAAAUGUGUAUUGAUUCAUGUUACAGCUUAACGCACUUUCUGGGAAUAGUAAGUUAGCCUAUAAAAACAAACACACUAUGAGGGAGGUUUUGUAAAGGGCUAAAGGCAUUGCAUUGUUGUAUAAAAGUACAGUGAUACAGUAUGUUGUUUGCUGAUCAGCCGUUAAAUUCCCUACAUGAAAUUAUUAAUCUGGUGUUUAAAUUGUUCAACCAAACAGUCUUUCAGCAGUCAGCUUCAUUCUUUAUGCAUGGACACCUCUUCUUUGUUCUGCAUAUAUGGAGUGGUGUCAGGCUUUCAAUAAUUGAAGUUGUAUAACAAGAAUGAAUCUCCGGUCAAUGACUACAAUGACAUGCACAAGGACUAAAAACAUGGAACACACUUUCUCUGUCCGCUCCAAAAAGCAACUAAUGGAACAAUUAAAUUCUGAACAGAAAGAGGCUGAUGCCAUCACACAGCCACUGCUGGAUACUGAGGCUGGAUUUAUUAAGAAUCUGGAGCUCUACCUAAAUCACAGAGACACGUCAGCAUUGAAGAAGCGUGAACUGCUUCAUAAACGCUGGACAGAGUGUGUAUGGCUGCCUGUACAAAGGAGCAUCAAACAACACUUCACACAGCAUGGCUACGAGACAAAAAACAUGAGGAGCUUGUAUACACACUACCUCAACUACUGCAAUGCUAAGGGUUUUGUGUUUUUAGAUAGCUACGAUCCUCUGGACUACAACCCAUUCAUGCACCAUUUCAACAGACCACAGCAUCACAAAGUUUCUACCUCAGUGUUGGAGGAUCCACUAAAUCUUCAGUCACGAGGCAUGAUUAAAGAAAAAAUGGCAAUUCUUCGCUGCCAAACAGGCCACACAUGUCGUCGUCGUCGUCAGCGGGUGGAUGAACUUCUUCACAGUUUUCCUGUGUAUCAACAUAAACUAACACAGCCACAGCCCAAAUCCUCCAGAAAUACUGCAUCAGAGCGACUUUGGAAGGACCGAAGUCUGUGUGAACCAAGGAGGCGGGGAACUCCAUGUUUGUCUUUGCCAGAGCCUCAGUGCUGGUCCUCUUAUGGUUACAGACAUCAUGUACUUCCUUCCAUGGAGAUAUGCGAGUCUAUUUCUGAGAAUGAAGCAGAAGACUGUAAGCAGAUCAAUAUGGGCAGGCUACAGAUGUGACUACACAUGUAGUUUGUACCCUACUUACCUGAAGAAAACCACUGCAGAACAGAACACCGACUCGCCAAUCUGAAGGUUUUUAAUUUUUAGCCUACUAACUAAAUUUAAAUAAAUCUGAAUAUAUGCAGUAGUAAAA